CGGCUGGUGAGCUGAGCUCUGCUUUCUUGCCCUCUCUCUUCCAUAUUUUUCUCGCACUUUGCAGACUGACGGUGAUGCUUGUCUGAUUGAUUGAGCUUACGAACUGGACAACAAUUGCAGAGAUAUUUGGAGCUGAGAAACCUCGUUUGCAACAGCUGUUUUCUCGAUACAGAGCAUUGAGUAGCUUUCGCAGCCUCAUAUAUUGCAAUCUACAGCUUGUCUGAAGUUUCAAUAUCGUCGCUAUGUCAUAUUAUCCACCUCCUCCAGGAGGGAACGGAGCGCAGCAGCAAUAUGCUCCUCCUCCAUCUUCCCCUCCCCCAACUCAGACCUCACACCCUUCUUACUAUCCUCCACCCCCUCAACAGGCUACUCCCCCGCAGGGCGGAUCCUACCCUCCACCACCACCACAAGCUACACCUCCUGUGCAGCAACAGUAUCCCCAACCUUCAGUGCCGCAGCCAACUCCUCCACAAGUCCAGCAACACUACCAAACCCCAAAUUUCUCGCACCGCACAUCCUACCAGCAACCAGUCCAGCAACAACCUGCCCCAACUCCGAUUUAUGAACAGCCGCCUCCAUCCGGUGGAUAUGUAGGACAACACGAGGAAGACUAUCCUGUCGAGAAACCUGGCCUCAACACUAGCAAGACCUUUAAUCUCGAUCAUGGUGCUCCACCGGCCGGACAUUUUGUCGGCGCAAGUACGACGCAGGAUGAUGUAGGAACGUUCAAUGGAGGCAGUUAUAGAAUCAGUCAUCGGGACACGAAUACUAUUGUGACUUUCCAACUUGCUAUGGGCUGUCCAUUAACUGUGAAGCCGGGUGCAAUGAUUGCCAUGUCGCCCACCGUAACGUUGAAAGGAACCAUCAAAUUCUCCAUGAAGAAACUGAUCGCCGGUGGGGAAAUGGCACAUUCUACCUUCACGGGACCUGGGGAAUUACUCCUAGCUCCGGCUUCCCUUGGAGAUAUCACAAAUAUCAAGUUGUCCGGAGAUGAUCAGUGGAGUGUGGGAAGAGAUGCCUUCUUGGCUUGUACGCAGGGGAUUGUGAAGGAGUACAAGAGGCAAGGAAUUGGAAAAGCUAUGUUUUCCGGGGAGGGGUUAUUCGUUUAUAAGAUGAGUGGGAAUGGGUUACUGUGGAUUAGCAGUUUGGGUGCAAUCAUUCGGAAAGAUCUAGCAGAAGGAGAGAGAUACAUCGUUGACAAUGGCCAUCUUGUCGCUUGGAACACGAAAUAUAUCCUCGAGAGAGUUGCUUCAGGAGGUAUUAUCUCAGGUCUGUCUUCAGGUGAAGGACUGGUGUGUAAAUUCACUGGUCCAGGGGCUGUGUUCAUGCAAACGAGAAAUCCGACUGCCUUUGGACAAUGGAUGAGUGGACAUGCAGCUGCAGUUUGAUUUGAUGGAUUUUCGAGUUCCGAUCUUUCUUUCGGGGUGCAUUCUUUGGAGUAACUUUGCAGUGGAAGCCCAUAUCCAAAUCGUGCUUAUCAACCGAUGCAAACUACGUGAUUCCUGGUCCUUUCGUUCUUUCCCCUUUCCUCUCGCUUAGGAAGUCAAGGAUGAGAUCGCCCUUUCCUUCAUCUUGUAAUCCCAUUACUUCCUUCCUGAACUUUCGGUACAACUCUAGAAUUUGCUCCCAAAAAUUGUCCUCUCUG